AUGGGUCAAGGAAGCAGCAAGAUCUCCGCCCAGGACAAGGCGAUCCUCGACCUCAAAAACCAACGCGACGCCCUACACCGCUACCAGCGCCGCCUAACGACCAUCACAUCCCGCGAGACCGAGGUGGCGCGACAGUGCCUGGCGCAAAACAACAAGCCCGCGGCGCUCCUGGCGCUGCGGCGCAAGAAAUACCAAGAGACGCUGCUGUCGCGCACGGACGCGCAGCUGGAACAGCUCGAGCAGUUGACGAGCUCGGUCGAGUUCGCGCUCGUGCAGAAGGACGUGCUGUUCGGGUUGCAGCAGGGCACCAGCGUGCUGAAGGAGAUCAAUCGGGAGAUGGGCGGGGUGGAGGGCGUGGAGCGGUUGAUGGGGGAUGUGGAGGAGCAGAGGGAGGCGGUGAGGGAGAUGGGGGAGGCGUUGGCGGGGAGGAUGAGUAAUGCCGAGGAGGAUGAGGUGGAGGAGGAGCUGGAUGCGUUGGAGAGGGAGGUGGUGGGGUUGCCGGAGGCGCCGGGGGGCACGGUGUUGGUGGAGGGGGAGUUGCCGGAUGUGCCGCAGCGGACGGUGGAGGGGACGGAGGAGGAGAGGAGGCAGAGACAGAGAGAGAGGGCCAAGGAGAGGAGGGUGGCGUUGGAGGCGGCUUAG